AUGGGAAAAGUAAAACAAGAACCAGUGGAACAGGAAGAAGCAGGAGACGUAAGCAUCAAAACUGAGCCACAAAGUUACGAUGAGAAAGUCGAACACUGCAGUGUUAUAGCUAAGCCGAUGGCGUCAAAGAAACUUAGUAAAAAGAUUUACAAACUCAUAAAGAAAUCCAGUAGUCAUAAGAAUUAUAUAAGAAAUGGGUUAAAAAUCGUCCAGAAACAAUUGCGUCUUGGAGAAAAAGGUAUCGUGGUAUUUGCUGGUGAUAUUUCGCCAAUUGAGAUCAUGUGCCACUUGCCCGCUGUUUGUGAAGAGAAAGACGUCCCAUACUGUUACACACCUAGCCGUAAGGACAUUGGAUCAGCCAUGGGUACUAUGAGAGGCUGCAUUAUGGUACUUGUAAAGGAACACGAAGAAUACAAAGAUUUAUAUGAAGAAGUGAAAAGCGAAAUUAAAUUACUUGGACAUCCGUUAUAG